CGGUACGUGGCAAAUAGGAAACUUCGAUAUAUAUCAUUUAUCCACGAAUCGUUGUCGCUAACAGGUGUGUAUUUCGUACAUAUUAAAACAUCAUGGACUUUCAAUAUAUACAAAAUAUAGAAAGUUCAAAAUAUAGUAAACAAUAUAAUGAGCCUAUACAAUAUGGAACUUCUGGCUUUCGAACUAAAGCAGAGUUCUUAGAACAUGUUCUUUAUCGAAUGGGCCUUUUAGCUGUACUUAGAUCAAAGAAAUGUAAUGCUGCAAUUGGAUUGAUGAUAACGGCUAGUCAUAAUGUAGAAUCAGAUAAUGGUGUUAAAUUGGUUGAUCCUAAUGGGGAAAUGUUGAAAGCAUCUUGGGAAACAAUAGCUAAUGAUUUAGCUAAUGCAAAUGACACCGAUGUUAUAACUAUUAUUAAACGUAUUAUAAAUGAAGAAAAAAUUAAUAUGUCUGCAAAUGCAAUAGUAAUAACAGGCAGAGAUACAAGACAAAGUGGUCCUAGUUUAUUAGAUGCUGCAGUGGCAGGUAUUAAAGCCUUGAAUGGUGUCGUAAAAGAUUUUGGAAUAGUUACCACACCUCAGUUACAUUAUCUUGUUUUUUGUACAAAUACAAAUAGCAAAUAUGGAGAAUCGACAUUAGAAGGCUAUUAUAAUAAAUUUUCCAAGGCUUACAAACGUAUGAGGGAAUAUAAAAAUGUACUUAAUAAUGAUAAAUAUGUAGCAGAAUUACAUUUGGAUGCAGCAAAUGGUGUUGGUGCUCUUGCUAUGAAAGAAUUUCAGAAACAUCUAGAUUCUGUUCUAAAAGUCAAUAUUUAUAAUGAUGGAAAUGGAGAACUAAAUUACAUGUGUGGAGCUGAUUAUGUUAAAAUACAUCAAAAAGUACCAAUUAAUAUGCAACUUGAAGCAAAUGUUAAAUGUGCUUCUAUAGAUGGAGAUGCGGAUAGAAUAAUUUAUUUCUAUAUAGAUGAAGCAAAGAAAUUUCAUAUUCUCGAUGGAGAUCGUAUAGCUACACUUGUAGCAGGCUACAUUAAGGAACUUCUUCAAGAAAGUUCUUUGCAAUUAAAUCUUGGCCUAGUUCAAACUGCAUAUGCUAAUGCAAGUUCAACUAAUUAUAUUUCGCAGAAAUUGAAAGUUCCAGUUGCAUGCGUUUCAACAGGUGUAAAACAUUUGCAUAAUAAAGCAACAGAAUUUGAUAUUGGUGUUUAUUUUGAAGCGAAUGGUCAUGGUACCGUUCUUUUUAAGGAAACAGCUAUUCAAUCUAUUUCAAAUGCUGCAGAAAAUCUUAAGUUGAAAGAAAAUGAACGUAUUGCUGCUGAAAAAUUAAUACAUAUAAUAAAUAUAAUUAAUCAGACCGUUGGUGAUGCCUUAAGCGAUAUGUUGUUAAUAGAAACUAUUUUACAUGCUAAAGGAUGGAGUAUUAUUGAUUGGGAACAAUGUUAUACAGAUUUGCCAAAUAAACAAGUGAAAGUUAAAGUUAAGGACAGAAAUAUUAUUACAACGACUAAUGCAGAAAGACAGUGCGUUACGCCCAUAGGAUUACAAAAUGAAAUUGAUAAAGUCACAGCUAAGUAUUCGAAAGGAAGAAGUUUUAUCAGACCUUCCGGUACUGAGGAUAUAGUACGUGUGUAUGCAGAAUGUGAAAAUUUAUCUAAUGUCAACAAAUUGGCCAUAGAAGUAUCUUUACUUGUUUAUAGACACGCUGGAGGUAUUGGACCAGAACCUACUUUGUGAUAAUGAUAUUGAUCUAAUUUCAAACUACAUAUUUUUAUCUAAAUUUGCAUUUAAUUUUAUUAAAAAGAAGACAAUAAAAUCAUUGAUUUUUAAGUAAGUCAUCAUUCUUUCCUUUCAAUUUUUACCUGAAUUUAUUACUAUAUUUAUACGUGUUGAUCUUAAAACUUUGUGAUCAAAUAUAGGUAGAUGAGGAAAUAAUAAAUAAUUUCAGAAUAUCAUUUAUAAAAUAUUAUAAAAUAUAUUUCAAGUUUCAUCAUAAAUAUCAUUAAUUCUUAUCACCACAACCUGCGUUGCAUUCUUCUCUUUUAAAGGGUUACACGCAGUUAGAAUUUUCAAAAAAUCGAUUUUUUUUUUGCAUUUUCAAAAUGUACAUAUAUUUAAGUAUAUUCUCUAAAAAUUUGAAGCUAUUCCGAUAAAUAUUUUCGGAGAUAUACCUGAAUUUGUAAGGCCACAUCAGAGUGUUAGAAAGCAGGUAGAGUAAGAACCGGAAUAGCAGCUGCACUCACUGCACGCGCUACCUGAGGUUUCUUUUUCUACUGUGUUUUAUCGUAGAAGGCGAGUAUAAUAGGUCCACUAAGUACUUCAAGGUCACAUUCAGUUAUUAUAACCUAAAAUAAAAGUAUUUUGUCAGUCUAAAGAAUUCUGCCACGUUGUAAAGUCGUGCUGUCAGUUCAAACUUGUUUUUCGUGAUUUUUUUGUUUUAUAUUGGAGUAAAUUUUAUUCAAAAGUUAUAAAAAUGCCCCGUAAAUGUUCAAGAUUACGURGAAGUACCGAAAAAUUUCAAAUUUCUAAAGAUGAUGUCCCAAACGACCUC